UUAACAGAAUUAGUGUGACCGUUCAGCGCAAAGUGACAGGGCGGUGUAUUUUGACGUUUCGCCAACGGUCACACUGAGUGACACGUCGACGUCGUCUAUUCGUUCGCAUCGUUCAUUCGGUUUUUGAAAUUUGAGGCGUUCGCUGUGCCGUGAGAAGUGAGACCUUCUACUGUUCGUGUAGAAAGUGCAAUAACCAAGCCACCCACACAGUUCCCAGGCUAGCUACACAAGUCCGGCAAAAUGGGAAUCAAGUUCCUGGAAGUUAUCAAACCGUUCUGCAGUAUACUGCCGGAAAUCGCAAAACCGGAGCGCAAGAUCCAAUUCAGGGAGAAAGUUCUAUGGACUGCGAUCACGCUGUUCAUUUUCCUGGUAUGCUGCCAGAUCCCGCUUUUCGGUAUUAUGAGCUCAGACUCGGCGGAUCCCUUCUACUGGAUCCGUGUGAUCCUGGCCUCCAACCGUGGAACGCUCAUGGAGCUGGGUAUCUCGCCCAUUGUGACCUCUGGCCUGAUCAUGCAGCUGCUGGCCGGAGCAAAGAUCAUUGAGGUCGGUGAUACGCCCAAGGAUCGUGCUCUGUUCAACGGCGCUCAGAAACUUUUCGGCAUGGUGAUCACCAUUGGCCAGGCCAUCGUCUAUGUGAUGACUGGCAUGUACGGCGAUCCGUCGGAGAUUGGAGCCGGUGUCUGCUUGCUGAUCAUCAUCCAGCUGUUCGCCGCUGGUCUGAUUGUGCUGCUGCUCGACGAGCUCCUCCAGAAGGGCUAUGGACUGGGAUCGGGUAUUUCCCUUUUCAUUGCCACCAACAUUUGCGAGACGAUCGUGUGGAAGGCGUUCAGCCCCACCACCGUGACCACGGGACGCGGCACCGAGUUCGAGGGCGCUGUAAUUGCCCUGUUCCACUUGAUGGCCACCAGGAACGAUAAGGUGCGCGCUCUGCGUGAGGCCUUCUAUCGCCAGAACCUGCCCAACCUGAUGAACCUGCUGGCCACCGUGCUGGUGUUCGCCGUGGUCAUAUACUUCCAAGGCUUCCGCGUGGACCUACCCAUCAAGAGCGCCCGUUACCGCGGCCAGUACAGCAGCUACCCCAUCAAGCUGUUCUACACCUCCAACAUUCCCAUCAUCCUGCAGUCUGCGCUCGUGUCCAACUUGUACGUCAUCUCCCAGAUGCUGGCUGUCAAGUUCCAGGGCAACUUCUUCAUUAACCUUUUGGGUGUGUGGGCUGAUGUUGGAGGCGGCGGCCCGGCCCGCUCCUAUCCCAUCGGUGGUCUGUGCUACUAUCUUUCGCCCCCUGAGAGCGUGGGCCACAUCCUGACCGACCCCAUUCACGCGUUGCUCUACAUUGUGUUCAUGUUGGGCUCCUGCGCUUUCUUCUCCAAGACCUGGAUCGAUGUGUCCGGCAGCUCAGCCAAGGAUGUUGCCAAGCAGCUGAAAGAGCAACACAUGGUGAUGCGUGGCCAUCGCGAGAACUCGAUGAUCCACGAGCUCAACCGCUACAUCCCAACGGCAGCUGCUUUUGGUGGUCUCUGCAUCGGAGCUCUGUCUGUGAUGGCCGACUUCCUGGGAGCCAUCGGCUCUGGUACGGGUAUCCUGUUGGCGGUGACCAUCAUCUACCAAUACUUUGAGAUUUUCGUUAAGGAGCAGUCCGAGAUGGGCGGCAUGGGCACGCUGCUGUUCUAAGCAGCCUAAAAGAUCAUCUGCGAUCCAAUCAACAGCAACUAAUACUUCAUCAUACUUCCCACACGCUCGCUCCCAUUAAAACAAACUUAAUUACCUGCUUUGUUUUUUUCGUAUUCUGUCAAACACCCACAGUAAGCGUAAAUUGUAAGGCCUUUGGCUGCUAUUUUCAUCUUCCCAACCAAUAGAAGCGUACAUAAAGCGGAUGAGAACCUUUAUUUUGAAUAGUUUUUAGUUGUAUUCAAAUGUGAGACUACAUUGCUUGAGUUCAAUAUUUCUGCGAAUUAAUUGAAUUCCAAUGCAAUUACUUGUUUUAAUAUUAAAUCAAUUGAAUUAUACUUUAAAUACAGCAUGAUAUGGAGACAUUGAAAUUAUUAAAGCAAAGAUGUACAUCAAACGAACACAUACAUACAAAUUGUCAUAAUAAAACGUAAAUUAGAUAACUUUUUUAAACGA